AAGCUUACCUUUACGACUUAGGUAUGUUAUUAUAUCACCGUAAUAAACCUUUAAGAAAGUAUCGUACAAGUUGCGAUUCAUUAGUCGAAAGAAAUCUUGCAAGGUACACGAAUACAGCUUGUGCCAAAAGCAUUUAAAUUUAAAAUCAUGUUUGUGCUUCAAAUUCAGUGCGUGUUCUUAUCGUACCUUUUAACAGUACAUUGCCAAAACAUCCGUGUGUUAGGAGGAUCACCCACAACAAUACAACAAUUUCCAGUCAUAGCCCAAUUGUUACUAGACCCCUUUGGUAACGGCCAAUACUCUCAACAUUGCGCAGGCGUCAUCAUCACAUCUCGGCAUAUUCUUUCAACGGCGCAUUGCUUUCAAUAUAAUUACGAAAGUGGUAACAAUUACACGUACCCUGACUUUUGGAGGGUACGAAUUGGUUCAUCGUUCCGCUCUCGCGGUGGUGUUAUACAUAAAGUAAAGACGAUUAUUCCUCAUCGGGAAUUCGAUAAGUAUUACUUUACCAAUGAUGUUGCGGUAGUCGUGCUAACUAAGAAAAUCCUUUUUGGCUCUACAACACGACAAGCUACUAUAGCCAAUAAAGGUACAGAAUUGAGACCGAAUUCACUCUGCACUCUUAUUGGAUGGGGUGUUACACAGGUGGGAGGCCAACAAUCGGAUCAGUUGCAAUUAGCAACGAUUUUCACAGUAGAACAAUCAGAUUGUCGAUUUCGAUACAGAACUAUCGGAUCGGUUAUAGCAGACUCAAUGUUUUGCGCUGGUCGAAUUGAUGUGGACGGUAUCGACGGAUGCUUCGGAGAUUCUGGAGGACCGUUGUUUUAUAAGGGAGUGGUCACAGGAUUAGUCUCGUUUGGUUAUACAUGCGGUAACCGGUUUUACCCAGGUGUUUACACUAAAAUUUCACAUUAUAUUGAUUGGAUAGUGAAUACAAUUAGAAGAAAUAAAUAAACAUCU